AUGGUGCUCAAUUUCGAUGCCGGCGGCCUCAAUGGCAUAUCAGGCUUCUUGCACAACUCAAACAAUUGGCUCACAGCCUUCGUGAUCUUCUUGCUUCUCAUGGCCAUGUAUAACGCGGUCGAGCUCGCGGUGAUGGUCUUGGUUUCUUUCAGACGCUUCAGAGGCCUCUACUUCUGGUCGCUCCUGCUGUCCGCCUUGCUAGGCGUAAUCCCCUAUUCAGUCGGGUUUAUGCUAAAGUUCUUCACCCUGGUCACCCCCUGGGUUUCCUGCAGUAUUCUCACCAUCGGGUGGUGGACCAUGGUCACGGGCCAGGCCGUUGUUCUCUAUUCGCGCCUGCAUCUAGUCCUGCGGAGCUCAAGGCGACUGAAGCAAGUGCUGUACAUGAUCAUGAUCAACGCCGUCUUUUUGCACAUCCCAACCACCGUCUUGACUUUUGGGUCCAACUUCCGCGACGACUCCAUAGACUUUGUGCUGGGGUACAAUAUCAUGGAAAAGAUUGAAAUCACCGGCUUCAGUUUGCAAGAAGCCAUCAUAUCUGGCCUGUAUCUGUACGAGACGUACAAACUGCUCCAUAUUUCACGCAAAAACAAGGCACAUCGCCGCAUCCAGUACCAGAUCAUCGCGAUCAACAUCUUCAUCAUCGUGAUGGACUUGAGCCUCCUCAUCCUCGAGUAUGCGAGCCAGUACUCGAUCCAAAUCUGCCUCAAGGCGGCCGUCUACAGCGUCAAGCUGAAGCUCGAAUUCGCUGUUCUGGGCCAACUGGUCGACUUUAUCCGCAACAAGGCCAGUGGCUACCACCACGAGCAGUCGCAGGGGUCAGAGAUAGCCAUGGGUAGCACGAAUAUGUCCAUGGCGGGCUCCAGGAAACGCUAUGCCGGCCAGGAUGCCGGCCUGCCCUCGACGCGGGCGGACGAUCCGCAUUUUUACGGACAGACGACGACGAGCGUGAUGCCGAACGAAGGGGAGAACUCGAGUGAAGAACGGCUCAAUCUUCCGUCGGGGAUUAUCAUGACCAAGACGGAGUUCUCGGCAACGGUCAACCACAAGCGAGGGGACUCCGAGGACCAAUGUACAUACUAG